AUGGCUCAAUGCGGUGGUUGCAACAACAAUGACAAGAGUAACGGCGGUGGUGACUGCGACAGUCACAAGAGUACCAACAAGGGUGGUAACACUAAGACUGGUGGCAAGAAUAAGAACAAUGAUGGCGGCGGCGACAAAAAGUCCGAGGAGUUGCAACCACACCCACUAAAAGAGCAGCUACCAGGAGUUCAGUACUGUGUUAACAGUCCUCCUCCUUGGAUUGAAGCUAUAGUGUUGGGUUUCCAACACUAUCUUUUAACUCUUGGUAUUACUGUCUUGAUUCCCAACAUAAUUGUUCCUCAAAUGGGUGGAAGCGAUGUUGAGAAAGCUAAGGUGGUACAAACCAUGCUGUUUCUUUCAGGGUUGAAUACACUCUUGCAAUCUCUAUUUGGGACCAGACUUCCCUCAGUGGUAGUGGGAUCAUAUGCUUAUGUGCUCCCCACAACUUCAAUAAUCCUAGCCAAUAGAUACAAGGCAUUCACAGAUCCUCAUGAGAGGUUUCUACAAAGUAUGAGAGGCAUACAAGGGGCUCUAAUUGUCACUGCCAGUUUUCAGAUGAUUGUAGGCUUCCUAGGCUUGUGGAGAAAUGUUGUAAGGUUUUUGAGCCCUCUUUCUAUUGUGCCUUACAUAACCUUUGCUGGACUUGGCCUCUAUCAUCUUGGUUUCCCUAUGGUGGCAAGAUGUGUUGAACUUGGUCUUCCAGAACUGAUCAUCGUGGUAUUCAUCUCACAGUAUUUAUCUCGUUUUAUAAAUACAAAGUGGCAGAUAUUUGACAGAUUUGCAGUCAUGUUCUCUGUUGCAAUUGUAUGGUUAUUUGCACAAAUUCUUACCUCAAGUGGUGUUUAUGACAACAAACCUGCAAGCACUCAGAUGAGUUGUCGCACUGACCGUUCUGGCCUUCUUGCUGCAUCUCCCUGGAUAUAUAUUCCAUAUCCAUUUCAAUGGGGAAGCCCCACUUUCAAUGCAGGAGAAGCUUUGGCAAUGGUUGCUGCCUCUUUAGUUUCUCUCAUAGAGUCAUCUGGUACAUUUUAUGCUACAGCUAGAUACGGGAGUGCCACACCUGUACCCCCUUCUGUUGUUAGUCGUGGUGUUGGCUGGCUAGGUGUUGGAGUUUUUCUUAAUGGGAUGUUCGGUUCUCUAACUGGCACUACUGCAUCAGUGGAAAAUGCUGGUCUAUUAGCAUUGACAAGAGUUGGAAGCCGUAGAGUUAUCCAGAUAUCAGCCGGUUUCAUGAUAUUCUUCUCUAUAUUUGGAAAAUUUGGGGCCCUUUUUUCAUCUAUUCCCAUGCCAAUCAUAGCAGCUCUUUACUGCAUCUUAUUUGGCUAUGUUUCAUCUGCUGGACUUGGGUUUCUGCAGUUUUGUAACUUGAACAGUUUCAGAACAAAAUUUAUAUUGGGGUUCUCUUUCUUCAUGGGAAUUUCAGUACCACAAUACUUCAGAGAAUAUAGGUUGGGGCAUAAUCACUGUGGUCCUAGAUGGUUUAAUGAUGUAGUGACAGUGACCUUCAUGUCUCACACGUUAGUAGCUGCUCUGGUUGCUCUCAUAUUUGACUGCUCGCUGUCUCGAGAAAAUGAUGCAACUAGAAAAGACAGCGGCUUGAACUGGUGGGCGAAGUUUGGGGUUUAUGGUUCUGAUGUUAGGAAUGAUGAGUUCUAUGCAUUACCAUGUAGUCUGGACAAGCUUUUCCCAGCUCAUUAA